AUGCAUCUGGAGGCGGAGCGUGAGCUGGAGCGUACAGAUGGCUUCGACGCGCGAGACAACCACUGCCAUUGCCAACCGGGAGCUGGUCCGGCUAAACCGUUCCAGAAAUGGAUCAAAACGCUGCACAAAAGGGCAUUACGGCGCAAGGGAAUCGCGGGAUACGACAGCAAUAUCUCGCAGUGGCUCCUCGAGACGGGGGACGGGCAUGCGGUAUCCAGGGUGUCCUCCCACGGUAGAUAUUCUUCCUCGGACUCGUCCUUUGGCUUCGUCACGGCGGCCAAAAGCAUCAGCGUAUCCAUGGCCGGCGUUAGCGUGUUAACACGCUCUGGGAAACCCGGGGGUCGAUCCGCACGCGGCCAGAGAACGGAUUGCAGCAGCAUGGCUUCUGUCUCUGUGAGAAGAGGUUCUGAAGAUAGCUCUUAUCCGGAAAGGCAAGCACGCGUUGAUCCGGCCGUUGUGGAGCGGUCUUUGCAGAGACGGCGCAUCCUGGAGGAGCUGGUUCGUACAGAGGAGGGUUAUAUCGGGGACUUACGGUUUCUGAUAAACGUCUAUGUUACUAUCCUCGCGUCUCUACCAGCAUCUCCAGCUGGCUUGAGAUCAUCUGUCAACUGGAACCUCACUGACAUUGUCGAGCUCCAUGAGGAAAUCCUUGGAGAGCUACACAGGGCCCUAGCCCGCUCGGAGUACAGCUCCCCGAGUCUCUCCAUCCAACAGACCAGAACGGACUCGUCAACGUACACGCAUCGAAGGUGGCGAAGCCUGGAUACAGUACGUGAGGAUAGAAACCAAAUUCCACGCUCUUGGGACAUCCCAGACGUUGGUGCAGAGCCUGAGACGGCGGCCGACGCUGCAAGGGUCUUUUUGAAAAGGAUGAACCGUUUCUUCAUCUAUGAGGAGUAUGGCGCAAAGUAUGAGUUAUUGACAAAAGAUGUCUUGGCGGCGCAUCGAGCGAUACCGGGUUGGCCGUCCUACCAGAAAGGCCUCGAGAUUUUGGCUUCGUCUUUGGGUUCCGCCGACAGCCAGGACGGCCAAGCGAGGAAGAGCCUCACCAUCGCCGAUCUUCUUAUGAAGCCGAUCCAGCGUGUCUGCAAAUAUCCACUGCUACUCUCGGAGUUGCUGAAGCACACACCUGUAAUCGACUGUCCCUAUUCGCACAUGGAAAUUGAAGAUACCCUCAGCAGACUGCGCGAGGUCACCGCCGAGAUAAACAGAGCUACAAACGACUCUCGCACCAAGUCCGUUCUGGAGAAGACUUGGAUCCUUCAGGAUCGGCUCGUGUUUCCAAGCGAUCAGCUUGGCGCAGUCUCGAAGAACCGCAUCCGGGCGUUUGGGCCCAUCCGACUCUGCGGUGCUCUCCAUGUCUGCUGGCAGACCAAAGAGGGCGUGAAGGGGCAGUACAUGAUCGCCCUUUUAUACCGAGAGUGGAUCUGCCUUGCGACCACUGGCAAAAACGACCAGAUUUACACAAUCCAGGCUUAUAUCGCACUGGCUGAUAUCAAGGUGGAAGAAGUCGACAAUGGGCGAGGACUUCAAUGUCACACAGCCCCUCACUCUUGGAAAAUCGUGUUUCUAUAUGACCGCCAGCUGUACGAGAUGAUUCUGACGGCAUGCUCCUCGAGGGAGGAGCUGGAGUGGCGUACGCGGCUCAGCAACACCCAGGAAGCAGCCAAUUCCAGUGGCCAAGGCCAGGCGCAAUUGGAAAACCUCACUUUCCUCUUCCUGAACAUCACGGCUCUGGGGACUGUCUUCAGAAAGCCAGGAACCGCUGCCAGGGCAGUAUCGAUACAUCGAGCGACUACAAUUGGGCCCAGAUCGCCACUGUGCCAGGUCAUUUUGAAGAACACAAGCGCCGAAAAGGCGUCUGCACCUUCUGGCCCGGCCUCCCGGAUAAACAGGUCGCAGUCGCUUCUAACGACGAACAGCCGGAUACCGGUCCUGGCCCCUUCGCGCGCCGAAAGAGCUCGAGUGGAAGCUCUCUUAUCCGAUGUCUGGACCCGAGACGUAUUACCGUUCCCUGGAAUGACAGUCCGAUCCAAGGGCGAGCACCUCGUCCGGGCAUCCGCGUCGUCGAUGAUGCGGAGGUUGAGCGGAGGCUUUACCAGCAACUUGGCAGGCAGCUUCGGCAGACGGUCCGCGAGUUUCGCUAGCGUGCAACAAAAGGAAGAUACGACGCAAUUGGAAGGAUACCGUGUUCUUCCAGCGGCCUCGGCCAUUGUUGACGAGACAGAGCAGUGUGCCAGCCCGGCAUCCGACAUGGAGCCGCAACAGACAUCAAAUAAGGACGACCAGUCCAAAACGGAGAGUCAAGGAGCCUCAGCUCCCGCCUCCACCCCAGAUGAGAUUGGGAAGGACGCAACCACAUGCGCCUCAGCCGUGUCUACAUUGCGCCAGUCUUCGGAGAACAGCCGCUCGCCCACGACCUGUCGGCACUCGAAUCAAGAAGAGCCCGGUUGCCAAACGGACUUCCGCGCCUCGGGAAAGUGGAAGUCAUCGCCUCUAUCACAUAAGCUCCCAGGCAGGUCUACCAAGGCCGGAGUAAGGCAGCGGGACGUGGUUGUCCAGGGAAUCCGCAGCUGGUUUCGGUAA